GGCCCCACCCACCCAGGCUACUCUAUAUUUACAGUUCCAACUAAGGAGGAACCAGCUGUCCCUAAACCCCAGGACCAGCUGGAUCACAGGAGCCACAGCGCAGAGACUGGGAAACAUGGUUCCAAAGCUGCUCGAUUCCCGACAUUGUCUGCUUCUGCUGCUGGGGCUCAUGGGAAUGGUGGGCUACUGCCACGCCCCACCUCCUGGUUUAACCCGGGCUCAGUGGUUUGAAAUCCAGCACAUAAAUAUGACCCACCCCCAAUGCAAUAAUGCAAUGCGGGUAGUUAACAGUUACACAGGACGAUGCAAAGGCCAGAAUACUUUUCUUCAUACAACUUUCCCUGAUGUAGUUAAUGUUUGUGGCACCCCAAAUAUACCCUGCCUUACAAGCAAAAGUACAAAUUGUCAUAAGAGUUCAGUCCAGGUGUCUUUAACCUAUUGUAACCUCACAAGUCCACCGACUCCUGUUGCAAACUGCAGAUAUGCACAGACAUCAGCACGGAUGUUCUACAUUGUUGCUUGUGAUAAAAGAUCUCCACAGGACCCUCCCAUUUAUCCAGUGGUUCCAGUUCACCUGGAUGGGAUAUUGCAGCUCCUGGAUGCCUCAUCUGCCAAGCUCCACAGUCCAAGAGUCUCUAUGUGUCUGUUUUUGCCACUCUUCUACCAUUUAGUCACGAUCUGCUCUAGAGACUUUUCCCUUUCUCUAGCCUGAGAUUUGUGGGAAAUAGAGAGAUAUGAAGAUAAGAGACUCUGCAUCAUGAAGCAACAGAGACUUAUCCCUCUCCCUGUUUUAGGCCAAGAAGCUGAAGUCUCACCUGGUAUCUGCCAACUGACAAAGACCCUCUAUUGACUACACCUUACUCAUGCUCCUCUGAACCCUCUUCACAACUAGAUCCGUAACUUGGGCUUCAUUGCCCAUCACCAUACAGUCCAGUUUUAAUGGGAAUCCUGCUAACUCAGCCUACUGUGAAUCUCUCACCCUCUACAGCUGACCAAAUCCCUCAUUCCCUGCCAGCGCCCAUGUGAUAUCUCAUCAGCCUGGCCUGCCUUCAAACAAACAAACAAAAUCCAAUGGAGUCAGUUUAGCAAUCAUCUCACCAGCCUUGAUAUCUCCCCUUGGUAGCUUUUCCUCCACCACCCCGCCCCCCACACACCAACCUGUAAUUUGUAUGUAGAUCCCCACUUGUCCUAGCUGUAUUCCAGAGUUGAGCCCAGUUUGACACCAAGGUCUCAUUUACCCUAUUGCACUGGUCCCUGAGUAAAUCUGCUUUUGAUGCUUUAACUAUGGUCUAGCUCUGGUUUCCUUUGACAUUAUUUCCAUCCCAAGAGAUAGAGGGGCCCCAGCUGAUAAGUAGAAAAUAAACAUAUUUGAUUCUGUCUGA